UGAAGUUUGCCAUUAAUUCCUGCGCCACCCGCUUAUUUUCUUGGGUUCUGCCUCACCCCUCUCUCUGAGCCAUCGCCCCAAAGAAAUGUCCUAAAUUCAUCCCAAUUGCUUCUCUCUCUCUGCACCUGAAAUCCUGGAAGCCCUAGAGGCCAUUAGACCAAAUAAAUACCCUAAAUCCUUCUCCCCUCCCUCUCUCUUUCUCUCUCAUCCAUCUUCGCCAUGGGCGAGGUAGAGGCAGGCUUUGCCAAGCUCCAGGGGGAGGACUUUGAGUACUACAUGCAGACCUACUCCAUUGUUCUUGGCCGCAACAGCAAGAAGUCAGCGGUGGAUGUAGACCUUGCCUCCCUGGGCGGGGGCAUGAACAUUUCACGCCACCAUGCCCGCAUAUUCUACGAUUUCCAGCGCCGCCGGUUUGCACUCGAUGUCCUCGGAAAGAAUGGCUGCUGCGUUGAAGGCGUCCUCCAUUUGCCUGGCACAGCCCCUGUCAAACUUGACUCCCAAGAUUUGUUGCAAAUUGGCGAUAAGAAAUUUUAUUUUCUGUUGCCGGUGAGGUCGAUUUUGAGGCCAGCAUUGCCGUUGGCCCAUGGGUCGUAUGGGGCGCCGGUGGGGCAGGUGAGGAAGGCAAGGGCAAGACUUGAUGAUUCACCGCCAGGGGAGUAUGAUGAUGGCGGAGAUGAUGGGGUGGGAAUGGUGAAGAAGGCAAGGAAGGGGGUGGUGCCAAUGUUGCCGGAUGGUGGAGCGGAUGAGGGUACUGUUUAUGGAGGCAAGGGUUUAGUUACAGGGCAGCUAGAUAAAAAGGGGGAGGCAAGAUCAAGGGCUGACAGAGAAGCUGAUAAUCAACAGCUGCUGCAAUUAGAGGAGAAAGAUGUUGUCUCUUCAGUGGCUAAUGUGCUUUCUGAUCUUUGUGGGCCUGGCGAAUGGAUGCCUAUGGCAAAGCUUCAUUCGGAGCUCCUUGACCAGUACAGUGGGGUAUGGCAUCACAGUAGGGUAAGGAGAUACCUUACAUCGGAUGACUGGCCUGUAGUCGAAGCCAAGGGAAGGCCAUGGAUUGGUCUCCUCACCCUCUUACGCAAAUACCCGGAGCACUUUGUGAUCAACACCAGAUCGAAGGGAAGAAUGACUGCUGAAUUUGUGUCAUUGGUUUCACUACUUUCAUGAAGAAGCAAUUUGUUGGCUUUUUGGUAUGGUAGUCGUACUGAUCAACUGUAUAAAAUUAAUUUUAUUGUUGGUUCCGUAGAUAUGUGAAAGUGGAUGUGAUGGUAUAUGGAAGAUUCGAGAUAGAUUUGUGCAUUUCUCGACUGAGAUCAUAGAAAUGCAGAAUGAGAUCUGUACUUGGGUGAAUUGGCCAAGGGUUAUGCAUAGGAAGCAAAAUUGUGUCCUUUUGAGAAAAUGGUGAAAAUAACAAUAACUUUA